UGCUGGAGCGGCUGCAGAGCUUCCUGCCUCAGAUGGCCGAGGCCAAUGAAAAGCUGAAGCAGCAGAUGGAGGACGCUCCUGCUGGAUGCUUUGAUAUAGAGAGCGUGGAAGAGGCAGAGAGGGUCAUAGAGAUGGACGUAGCGCUGGUGGAUCUCAGCGGGUCAGACAGCGACUCUGGAGAGGAAGAGGAGACUUCGGACUCCGAGGAGGAGUCAGACUCUGGCGAGGAGAACGGCAUCACAGAGCAGAACCUCAAAUUACCUGGAGACAAAGGCAAGACGAAGAAAGCCAACAUCCAGGUUGUUGAUCAACAAGGAGAGUAGAAAAGUUGCCCAGACAGACUUUUGGCUGCAGAUUGAAUUUCUUUGACCUCUGAGGUGAUGUGGGUAAAACCGACCAAUGACAAAACCUCUGCCUUGUGUGCACUGCACAGACUAUGAGAGCAGAAAACUCCUGUGUGGAGAGAUGCAGAUCGUCCUGAUGCUGAUCCGUAUGAGAACAGUAAAUAUUAUUUUGUACAGUUAAAGGUCAAAGCUGCAAAAGUGCCUUUGGAGCUAGAACACAGUAUGUGAUUACCUCAUCCAGCCCGGCCAUCAUCUGAACGUAGGACCUCUCGUACAGGAUGUGUUUAGGUGGAACACUGGAUCACUUUGUGUUUGGCCCCUGUUUUGAUGAGCUGACACACAUCAGUUUGGCCUACAAGCUUUUUGUGCUUUCAUGAGGCACAUUUGUGAUUUUCUUGAAUCAGUUCAGGCUAACCCAUUAGCCAGCUGAAAUAAUCCUGUUAAUUCCUUCAAAUUUUCAUAAUUAAACGCCAUGUUCUCUGGUUCA